AUGGACAGAUACCCUUUUCUCCAUCUUACAUUCUUCUUCUUCUUCAUUGUUUCAUCCAUGGUGGCUGCCCCAGUUCAUUGCCAGAAGCAAACACAAGCUCUAACCCAUCUCUACAGGAACAAGAUGAAGGCGAAUUCUGGAAUCGACAAGUCUCGUUUCAAGCCAAUUCAUCACAUAAAAAAGACCAGUGUACAUCCACAGCAUGAAAUGAUGGAAAAAGACAGGAUUCGGAUGUUGCCCGGACAGCCUCGUGUCUCGUUCGAACAGUACGGUGGCUAUAUGACUGUGGAUAAAUCGGCGGGUCGUGCACUUUACUAUUAUUUCGUGGAGGCUCAGCAUUAUUCUAAGGAGUCCUUGCCUCUUCUUCUUUGGCUUAAUGGAGGGCCUGGGUGUUCAUCUCUAGCCUAUGGAGCAAUGGAAGAGCUUGGACCCUUCAGGGUUCAUAGCAAUGGGAAAACACUUUACAGAAACAGAUACUCAUGGAACUAUGCUGCAAAUGUUCUGUUUGUGGAGUCUCCUGCUGGGGUAGGAUUUUCAUACUCCAACACAACAUCAGAUUAUGACAAGAGUGGUGAUAGUAAAACAGCUGUUGACAAUUAUGUCUUCCUGUUGAACUGGUUGGAGAGAUUUCCUGAAUACAAGAACAGGGAAUUUUACAUCGCUGGAGAAAGCUACGAGGGGCAUUAUGUUCCUCAACUUGCUCACACCAUUCUCCAACACAACAUCAAAGCUAAGCAAACCCUCAUCAAUCUCAAAGGAAUUCUAAUUGGGAAUGCUGUGAUCAAUGAUGAAACUGAUAACAAAGGAAUGUAUGAUUACAUGGAGAGCCAUGCCCUCAUUUCAGAUGAAACUGCACAUGGGAUAAACAAAUAUUGCAGUUUUUCGUCCGAGGAGAGCUUGGAGAUCGGAACCAAGUGCCAAUCAGCCAUGGAUGAGAUAAGUAGGGAUACUUACUACCUUGAUAUUUACAAUAUCUAUGCCCCUUUAUGCCACAAUUCCAGUCUCACAGUCAUUCCCAAGAAGCCUUCCGUGGUAAGUUUCGACCCGUGCAGCGAUGAUUACGUACAUGCUUAUCUAAACAGCGUUGAUGUUCAAGAGGCCAUGCAUGCCAAUGUAACGAAGCUCGACCAUGAUUGGGAACCCUGCAGCGAUAUCAUCAGCAGAUGGGGAGAUAGCCCAUCCACAAUCAUUCCCCUUCUACAAGAAUUAAUGGCGAAUGGAAUAAGAGUGUGGGUUUUCAGCGGCGAUACUGAUGGGAGAGUACCAGUUACUUCAACCAAGUACACCAUUAAGAAGAUGAACCUUCCGGUUAAAACUAAGUGGCACCCAUGGUACCUUGAUGGGGAGGUUGGAGGUUUUACCGAGGUGUAUGACGGAGACUUAACAUUUGCCACCGUAAGGGGAGCGGGGCACCAAGUGCCAAGCUUCCAACCAAAGAGGGCACUUUCAUUGAUCUGGCAUUUUCUCGCCGGAAAACCUCUCCCGGAGACCUCACGUUACGAGUGAUUUCCUCUUCUACGU